AUGGAGAAGAAGAUUACCGAGAAGAUCGCGGCUCUGCCGCCAGAUGCCAACUACUUUUCCUUGGAGUUCUUCCCUCCAAAGACCCGGAUGGGUUUCGCCAACCUGUCUGCGCGUCUGGAGCGUAUGGCUCAAGCACUCCGUCCUCUGUUCGUUACGGUCACUUGGGGUGCCGGUGGCAGCACUGCGGCACGAUCGCUCGAGCUGGCGGAAGUAUGCCAGCGCCAACUGCAGUUGACGACCGUCCUGCAUCUGACAUGCACGAACAUGAGCCGCAAGCUGGUGGAUAUGGCUCUAGAUGAGGCCAAGGUUCUUGGAAUUCGCAAUAUCCUGGCUCUGCGAGGAGACCCGCCUCGCAGUGAGGAGUAUAACAUGCACGGAGAGGAUGAUAGCAACAAGGAUUUCACUUUUGCCGUUGAUCUAGUGCGAUAUAUUCGCCAGACACAUGGCGAUUACUUCUGUGUUGGUGUUGCCGCAUACCCGGAGGGCCAUCCUGCCGACAAUUUCCAAGACAGAUAUUCCUUCCUCGUCGAGAAGACACAGGCUGGAGCAGAUUUCAUCAUGACCCAACUUACCUACGACAUCGAAGCUUACCAGAAGUUUGAGGAGAUGCUUCGCAACCAUGAUUCCGGUGCUUUUAAGACUAUCCCCAUCAUUCCUGGCUUGAUGCCUAUCCACAGCUAUAAAAUUCUGACUCGGGUGACUAAGCUCAGCCAUGUCACAAUCCCGCCUCCCAUUGCCAAGCGCAUGGAAGAAUUGAAGCACGACGACGAUGCGGUCAAGCGCGCGGGUGUGGAUAUUACAGUAUCAUUUAUCCUGGAACAAUGCGACUUGAUUCCGUCUUACUCGGAUGCUGGAGACACUGCUAUUGCGGAUGACCCUGCGUCGAUUCCACUGGAUUUCCCUGGACGUGCGUUGCGGAGACGCCGUGCAUCCUCUAUCAACUCGCAACCCCACAACCGGGUCAUUGUGGACAAGCUAUCUGUCCACGAGUCGUCGCAGGACUCGGUCCAUGAGGCACUCGCAGACAGUGCAGGUGUGCCCGCACCCCCGCCAAACCGCAGCACUACUCUUCUCAUCUCUGAGGGUCUUGGUGCGCUCGGCAGAGAAGCAACAUGGGAUGACUUCCCCAACGGACGAUGGGGUGAUGCUCGCUCGCCUGCCUUCGGUGAGAUUGACGGCUAUGGUCCCUCGCUUCAUGUGACUGCCAACACUGCACGUAGGCUAUGGGGCCACCCGGUGGACUCCAAGGAUAUGAGCACAAUUUUCCGGCGCCACGUCUCGGGCGAGCUACACAUGGUGCCGUGGUCCGAGGGUGGCGCGGAAGAGGACGGCGAGGGUUUGAAUGCAGAGACUGAACUGAUUCGACCGGAAUUGUUGAAGCUCAUUGAUGGCCGCGGCUGGUGGACUCUGGCCUCGCAGCCCGCAGUGAACGGUGUGCACAAUGACCACCCCAUCUUCGGUUGGGGUCCCCAACGGGAAGGUUUUGUCUUCCAGAAGCCAUUUGUGGAGUUCUUCUGCUCGAGCAACGAUUACACCAAUAUCCUGAAGCCAUUGUUUGCUAAGCACGGCCACGACAAGCUCACCUGGUUCGCGACAAACAUCAAAGGUGAUUUCGAAUCUUCGCUCCCAACCCAGCCUGCCGAUAUGGAGCUCGAUGACCUUGGCUCCAACCCCGAAAGUGUCAACGCCGUUACCUGGGGUGUGUUCCGCGGCAAGGAGAUCGUCACCCCUACGAUCAUCGAGGAAGUGAGUUUCCGCGCGUGGGGUGAGGAGGCUUUCCGAAUCUGGGACGAGUGGCGUCGCAUCUACCCGCGCGGUUCACCCACGGAAACAUACUUGGACACAACCAAGAACGACUCUUGGCUUGUGUGUGUUGUCGGUCAGCAAUUCGGCGCCGGUACCAAGCAGGGCUCCAAGGAGGAGGAAGACGAGGUCAAGUGGAUGUGGCGGGUCUUGGCGGGCGAGGAGGCUUAA